GUCAACAAAGGAAUAAAAGUCGAAGCGUCGCGAGUUUAUACGACUAAUUGAAAUAUAUAGAAAGGCGUGAGUUAUACACACUGGGCGUCUGCCGGAGAGCAAGAAAGAGAGGGAGAGAAGAGACUCGAGGGAAGCCGGGUAUAUAAGAAGUAGAUGGCGAUGUCGGAAGAUUACCCGCGAGAGCGUCUAGCGAAGCUCUUCGGUUAUAUUAGCCGCGUGAUCGCGCGCCCGCUCAACAGUAGCGAUCGACUUGCGCUGAUUGGGCUAUCGGCUCGGCUUCCGCACGCAGUCUUAUAUAUUAUCAUCUACCGCGUACUACCGGUGCGGUCCGCUAAACUCGCACCUUUUGCGAUCGAGAGAGACGCUUUUUCUCUCCCGCCUGUUUUUAUACAAUUGUACUCACUGGGAGAUAAUAAACAGAAGCAAAUAUCGAUACGAUUCGUCCGUUUGUUUGGAAUAUUUAUUCAGUGCUGAACAAGUGAGGGUGAUUUUAUCGUCUUUUUCCACGGGUAUACAAAUACGCACGUCAACACCUCUGCAGCGUUUUUCAAUAUAUGAAUAACAGACAGACGCUUUCUAGCCAUGGCUGACGAUAACAACGCCGUGCAGCUCACAAGUGUGAGCGUCCAGGAAAAUUCACCUUCCAAUCAACAAAACGGCCAGAAUGUCCCAACUAACAACAACGACGACAAAGGCACAAAAAUGGUGGAAAGACAAAAGCCGGACAUAACUUAUGGAAUAGACGACAUACCACCAUGGUAUCUCUGUUUGUUCAUGGCACUGCAGCACUACCUAACAAUGAUCGGCGCCAUCGUCUCGAUACCGUUCAUCCUGACACCAGCUUUGUGCAUGGCCGAGGAUGAUCCGGCUCGAAGUCACAUCAUCUCGACCAUGAUCCUCGUCACGGGCAUCGUCACCUUCAUCCAAGCAACAGUCGGCUGCAGACUUCCUUUAGUGCAAGGAGGCACGAUAUCGUUUCUGGUGCCGACUCUCGCCAUUUUAAAUCUUCCUGAAUGGAAGUGCCCGGAGGCCUCGGUUUUAAAUGCCAAGUCGCACGAUGAGAGGACCGAAAUGUGGCAGAUAAGAAUGAGGGAACUCUCAGGCGCUAUCGCAGUUUCUGCGCUCUUCCAAGUUGUCGUCGGCUAUUGCGGUGUUAUUGGAUACAUACUAAAAUACGUCACCCCCCUAACAAUUGUACCAACUGUUUCUUUGGUCGGACUGUCACUCUUUGAGAAUGCAGCGGAAACUGCUUCUAAACAUUGGGGUAUAGCAGCGGGGACCAUAAUUAUGCUGACGCUAUAUUCGCAAGUUCUAGUAAAUGUUAAAGUGCCAAUAGUAGUGUACAGAAAAGGUGAAGGCUUCAAAGUCAUUUGGUUUGCCCUCUUUAAACUAUUCCCGGUUCUACUUGCCAUUGUUGUCAUGUGGAUAAUUUGUGCCAUCUUGACUGCUACGGAUGCGUUACCAGAAGGUCAUCCAGGAAGAACAGAUACCAAAAUAAAGAUUAUAGAAGAUUCUCCGUGGUUCAGGGUUCCUUAUCCUGGACAAUGGGGUACACCAACUGUGACACUAUCUGGAGUACUUGGGAUGCUUGCAGGUGUAUUGGCAUGUACAGUUGAGUCCAUCAGUUAUUAUCCAACGGUUUCAAGAAUGUGUGGAGCCCCACCACCACCACUUCAUGCUAUCAAUCGAGGAAUUGGUUUUGAGGGACUUGGCACAGUAUUAGCUGGACUUUGGGGCAGUGGAAACGGUACUAAUACUUUUGGAGAAAAUGUGGGAACCAUAGGAGUGACUAAAGUUGGAAGUCGCAGAGUAAUACAGUGGGCUUGUGUACUUAUGAUACUUCAAGGAAUAAUCAGUAAAUUUGGAGCAAUAUUUAUUAUUAUUCCUGAUCCGAUUGUUGGUGGAAUAUUUUGUGUGAUGUUUGGACUUAUUUCUGCUUUUGGUUUCUCUGCGCUUCAGUACAUCGAUUUAAACUCUGCACGUAAUUUAUACAUUCUUGGUUUCUCUGUUUUCUUCCCAUUGGUACUGUCAAAAUGGAUGAUCGCAAAUUCUAACGCUAUACAAACUGGUAAUGAAGUAGUCGAUAGCGUGCUUACUGUUUUGCUAAGCACAACGAUUCUUGUUGGCGGUGGCCUAGGAUGUUUCUUAGAUAAUGUUAUACCAGGCACAGACGAGGAACGCGGUCUCAAGGCUUGGGCAACGCAGAUGGAGCUGAACUUCGACGCAGCCGAAGAUGACUGCGUCGAUGACGGAAAAACCGAGUACGAGUACAACACCUUCGACCUGCCAUUCGGCAUGAGCCUAUUGAGACGGUGGAAGUGGACAUCUUACUUACCAUUCUCGCCGACCUACAAGCCGAGGCCAUUUUUGUGCGGACGACGGGAGAAGAAGAGCAAUUAAAGAGACGAGAGACGCUGCAGGCUCAGCCCAGCCGUACACGCACACACACUCGUAGUUUCUUCUUGUGCUGCUGCUCUCGCAGGAUUAGCCGAUCAUUCACCCCCCGGCGGCGACUCGACGCUGUGCUGCGCUUCCUUCCUCUCUCUCUCUCUCGCUCUCUUUCAGCGGCCGGUGAUGCUUCGUUUCGUGUCUCACCUAUGGCCACGGUUUGCGCAGGGGAAGCGUUUUAUAUAUACCUAUAUUUCGAUCUUCUCCUCUUGCGGGCGGGGGAUAGGUAUAUAUAGCAGCAGGAGAACGCCGGUCUUGCGGAGGAGGACGAUUUGAAACUGGACAAAUCUAGCUCCGUACUGAUGAUGCAGAUGCAGUCCUGUCCACGACGACGAUAAUACCGACCCGAUGAUGCACCGCCAUAUUCCCUCGGACGAGCUUUGCUCGCGCUGCGAAAGGGGACGCCAACAGUCGAGUCUCGAGCUGUGCGCCGCGCCCCCGCAUAUGAUUUUAUUAGCUUUGUUUUGCUAUUUUUACAGUUUCGGACGCCGAUGAUUGUUUUUUUAAGUGUUGCUCAUGCGCAUUUGUAAAUAAAUAGAGGAGAAAUAUUUCUCCUCAAAGUUUAGGUAGAAUAAUUAAUCGUUAUCUUGACUGUUGAUUCGUUUUAGAAAAAUUAUGAUUGUGAAAUUUUAUUAUAUGUUAUAUUAGAAUUGAAUUAAAAAAAAAA